AUAUCGACCUUUUUCGCCUCAUUUUCCCUUCUUUUCUCUUACCUACCAAACACCUCCGCGCGCAUUCGCGAUCUCGUUCUCCCAACCCGCCUUCUCACAAACCAAACAACAAUCACAUCCGUCAAGAUGCGUGUCAAGCAGACCGUCCUCACCCUUUACGCCUUCGUCCUGACCUACGGGGCCCUCGUCACCGCCAACCCUCUCCCAGACAACGAGGUCAACCCGUCCAUCGCCGCCUCUGAAGUCAGCAAGUUCAUUGCCUCCUCUGAAUGGGACCCGACCACCCCAGUCGGCUACGUCUGCUGCAAGUCCAUCGGCAAGGACGGUUGCCAGGACUGCAACUUCAAGCAAGACUGCCCAAGCGGCAAGGAUCGCCAAUGUCCCGCUGUAAGCUUUGCCAUCUUCUCCUUUCACAUCCUCCCCCUCUCACCUCCGACGCGUCCAUCUGCUAAUAGAACUCAUUCUAGGGUCGUUUCUGCUGCGGUUUCCCCUCCGGAGUCUACACCAAGCGAGCUGAACCCACCUCUCCGGUUCUCGCCCGCAACGCUCUCCCCGUCGCCAUCGCUGAACCCACGCCCCUUCCGACUCUCGCUCUCAUGGCUGGCAACAUCGACACCCGCACCCCAACUCCCGAGGAGGCAACCGUCAACACUGUUGACACCACCGAUACCACCGACACCGCUGACGCGGCAACCUGGGGCUUCCCGCAGGAAGUCAAGGCUUGCUGCAGUGGUGGAUGCCAUGGUCAAUGCGACUACAGCUUUGGCUGUGGUCAAGAUGGGGAUUGUCAACGUGAGUUCUUCUCCUCCCCCUCCUUUCCCUCUCUCCUCUCCUCCCACCUCCGAUUUCCUCCGAAACGGAAACUGACAAGCGGAAACAGCUUAUUACGACUCCUGUUGCUCGUUCUGGUCCUGGACCAAGGACUAAGCACCGCCUUCUUUCCGCGUCGUUCGACAGGUAGUAAACCUUGGGUUGUGGAUUCUGAUUCUUCGGAUCUUCGCAAUGCUUGGGGUUUCUUGUCUGCUGGAUUGCGCUUUGAGGGUACGAAACCCAUUUGGUGGCGUUUGUGGAUUGCCUUUG